GCCGCGCCGCGGUGCGCAGGCGCAGCCGACGGUGGGUCGGGGCUUCGGUCGACUGAGAGGUCUGAGCAGGCAGCGUCACCUCAGUAGCCUCGAGAUGGACAACAGGAAGCGCCUGGCGUAUGCCAUCAUCCAGUUUCUGCAUGGCCAGCUGCGGCAUGGCGGGCUCUCGCCUGAUGCCCAGGAGAGCCUAGAGGUUGCCAUCCAGUGUCUGGAGACAGCCUUUGGGGUGACAAUGGAGGACAGUGACCUAGCUCUCCCCCAGACCCUGCCAGAGAUAUUUGAAGCAGCUGCUGCCAGCAAGCAGGAGACGCCACAGGACCCAAGGGGCCCUGACAGGACACCACCCUCUGAGGAGGACUCCGCUGAGGCAGAGCGCCUCAAAACUGAAGGUAACGAGCAGAUGAAGCUGGAGAACUUUGAGGCAGCCGUGCACCUCUAUGGCAAAGCCAUUGAUCUCAACCCCUCCAAUGCCGUCUACUUCUGUAACAGAGCUGCAGCCUACAGCAAGCUGGGGAACUACGUGGGGGCUGUGCAGGACUGCGAACGUGCUAUUGGCAUCGACCCAGGCUACAGCAAAGCCUAUGGCCGCAUGGGCCUUGCGCUCUCCAGCCUGAACAAACAUGCCGAGGCCGUGGCUUACUAUAAGAAGGCCCUGGAGCUGGACCCUGAGAAUGACACAUACAAGUCCAACCUCAAGAUCGCGGAGCUGAAGCUGCGGGAGGCGCCGAGUCCCACGGGAGGCGUGGGCAGCCUGGACAUUGCCGGCCUGCUGAACAACCCGCAUUUCAUCACCAUGGCUUCCAGCUUAAUGAACAGUCCCCAGCUGCAGCAGCUGAUGUCAGGCAUGAUCUCUGGCGGCCAUAACCCCUUGGGCACCCCGGGCAGCAGUUCAUCGCAGAGUGACUUGGCUAGCCUCAUCCAGGCGGGCCAGCAAUUUGCACAGCAGAUGCAGCAGCAGAACCCAGAGUUUGUGGAGCAGAUCCGGAGCCAGGUGGUGCGCAGCCGGACACCCAGCGCCAGCCACGAGGAGCAACAGGAGUGACGCUCAUCUGUAUGGUGACCCCAUCGCUCCUCGGCCUCCUGGUGUUUUAGCAUUUCCUCCGUCAGGCUGCCCAGGAGAGACUGGACCUGCGUGUUCAGACGGAUCGCCCCGUGUCUCUCUUCAUUCCCUAUCCCCCACUUCCGUUUUUUGUAUUCUUGCCGCCUCCAUCCCUUCCCGGAAGAGUCAGCCGGACAGCCACACACCAGCACCCUCUCCUUCAGCACCUAAGGAAGCUGCUGGGAGUGCAGGGCAGCACGGGAGCCACGGGUGUGUUCUGGGCCCUUGGGUCCCAAGCCCUACCCUGCCUGGUUUAAAGGGACUUGAAUGGUUGACUCUCAGCCCCCUGGGAAGCGUCCACUGCCAGCCCCAGCUAGGUGCCAGCGUUCUGUGCCCACACUUGGGUUGCAGGUCCCAACAGGUGCCCCUGCCUGACUUAUCUCAGUGGCCUGUGCCACACAGGCGAGACCUGUGGACUUUUGCCCCACUUGUGGACUGUCCGUGUCUCCUCUUCACAGCCAUCAGCAGUCCUGCUCCAUCCUCGCCCGGGCAGAAGACAUGUUCACCCUGCCCCGUCUGUGCCCUUCUGUCCUCCAUCUCAUGGGAAUUCAGUGUCUUGGGUUGUUGGGCAGUCUGGGGGUGUUGGCCCUGUGCCAUGUGCUGAGCCCUGAAACAGCCACCAGAACCAUUUUUGUUCAGGGCAGUCUGUACGGUGAGUGAGGCCAUGUAGCUGUCCCCACCCCCGCUCUCAGCUCCAGGAGCGGGAGACAAGACACAGGACAGCUGAGCCAGCAAUAGUGUCGGCUCUGCGUGUUGUAGGUAGCCAGUAGGAAGAUGGGCCCUGUGGCCAGUGCUGUCCGCUUGCAAGCCGCAGCAGUGCCCAUCUGGGCACAGAACUCCUGGGUAAUAAAGAGACAAGGGUGAUACUUGGCCUCCCGUGUCAGCCUGAAUCCCAUGGACCUGACAACUAACAUACCACCACCACAGCCUGAAGGGUCAGUCUUUCCCCCUGAUAACACACCACAGCCUGAAGGGUCAGUCUGUCCACCUGGCACACAGGAGACAUGGCAAGGCCCCUCAGAUACUGUACACAUGGGAAACCGUUGGUUAGAGUUGGACGCAGGCUACUGGUAGGUCCGUGGAAGUGGGGCCUGCACCCAUGGGAAGUGGGGUUCCUGCCCUCGGACCUGAGAACCCAGCCUUGCAGCCAGCUACCCUGUCCCUUCCCUGCUAUCAGCUUCGCAGGCUACAGGAAACCAAGCCCUGUCAGGGAGGCAGGUGGAGGCCGGCACCCGGCAAGCUCUUGGCUAUGGAGGCACAGGCCUUUAGGACCAAUCUCUGUGUGUUUCUGAGUGACCGUAGAGAAUGGCCUUAGCCUGUUCUGUAGUCUUCAGGGUGAGUAACCCCAGGGCCUGACUGUAUGGUCCCCAGUGUUGGUGAUCAUCUGCCUUGGAGGCCGUGUUUUUGGGGUGCAGUGCUUAGCAUUGGAGAGAGACUUGCAGGUGACAACAGACAACGACUUCUGCCUGUCUGCCUGUUACCAAGACAGCCGUUCACAUUUGUCAUCACAGCCAGCUACUGUGAGAACUUCAUGGUGGUGAUCCCGGCACUCGGGAGGCAGAGGUCUCUGAGAGUUGGAGACCAGCCUCAUCUACAGAGCAAGUUCCAGGACAGCCAGGGUCACACAAAAACCCUGAGUAGGAAAUUUAAAAUAGGGGUGGGGGGUUCUUUGGUGUGUCCAUGCCACAACAUGCAUGUCCAUGCCACAACAUGCAAUCAGGUGUCUCCUUUCAUGUGGCACUCAGUGAUGGAACUGGACUCUUCAAAUUCGGGGUAUGUGCCCUUACCAGGCCAGCCAUCGUGGCUGGCCCAUCUUCAAGGACACUGAUUCACCCAUAUAAAGAUCCUCCUUUUUGACGGGGGGGGGGGGGGAGUGGAGUAGAAUACGCUCAGAAACAAGCUGUGUGCCCUUGGGUGAAGGUCGUGGCACCGCUUUUAAUCCCAGCACUCAGGAGGCAGAGGCAGGUGGAUCUCGAGUUUGGGGCCAGUCUGGGCUACAGAGUGAAUUACAGGGCAGCCAGGGCUACACACAGAGAGAAAAGGGAAAAUGACCGGAGGUUGUGUAGAUUUCCCUGUGUCUCCUUCCUGCUGGCAAAAUUUAUUUUGAAGAUUUUGACAAAAUUUGUUUUCAGAAUUUAAGAUCAAACUAGAGAGGUCAACACCGUUCCAAUCGAGGCCAGCAGGGGGAGCCCCACGCUGCUGCCUCCAGCCCCCAAGGCUUGCAGCAUCGGGCCCUCAGCAUGGAGACUACCCUGGUGAUCAGCCCCAAUGUGAGCCUUGCAGAAACAGGAUGAAAUGUCCCUGAAUCUCAGCUGAGGCCAGCGCUCUGGUGUGGGCCAUUCAUUCACAAAGUGGGCAGACAGAGCCCUUCCCCGAGGAACUGGAGCUGCAGAUGGAGCUGCAAGGGGCUCCCAAACUCCACUGGGUUAGACCUCUUCUCAGGGGUGUCUUGAUCCUGCUUCUCCUGUUCCAUUCAAGAUCCAAACCACAGAACCAGCUUCACUCCUGCCAUCGCAACACUAGGAAGACUAUUGACAGAAGGAUCAGAAGUUCAGGGCCAAAGUGGACUAUAGAGCUAGGCCCUGUCUCAAGAAUUUAGACAAGAAAGACCGAUGGUCUGCAAACUUGCUGGUGGCUAGGAGGGGCCUCCCUCUCUCCCACUGCUAUGUAAGUUUGGGGAUCACAACAACAACAACAAAAAAACAGUCCUGUAACCUUCACUGCAGCCAGAUGGUGGUGGUGCACGCCUUUAAUCCCAGCUCUCGGGAGGCUGAGGCAGGUGGAUCUUUGAAUUUGAGGCCAGCCUGGUCUAUAAGAGCUAGUUCCAGGACAGGCUUCAAAGCUACAGACAAAUCCUGUGUCAGAAAACCAAACAAAAAACAAAACCCUUCACUGCAAACUUCCCUGGUGCUUGUUACAGUCCUACAGACCCACCAUGAACUGCUUUCCUUCAGCUACCGCUGCCUUUCCCUGGGAUAUUGUAGAGGUGUGGUCCUAGCACAUUCUCUUGCAUACUUUGGGCUCUCUUAACACGAUGUCAUCGCACACAGUUCAGUCAUUUUGAUUGCUGCGUGGUUCUGCACUGUAUGGACAAACCACGACAUUUCUGUCCGCUUAUCAAUGCUGUUAGGGGUUGGAGUUUGUGGAGGCCAGAUGUGUGAGCAAAGGUCAGAGAGUUGGAACUUCUAUUCCUUCAAGGUUAUUGUCUGUUUCUCAAACAGGUGUCCCACUUAGAUUUGGAGGGAGAGAUUAUUGUCAGUAGGGUUGGCUAAUAUCCAGACCUUGUAUUUCAGGGGUAGGAAGUCUAAGGAUCCACUAAGUUCCUAUUCUUUAGGGAGAUAACAUUGGGUUCCACCCAGGAAUGGUUUGCCUGCAGGAUGUUUUGGUCCACGGUGUGAGUGUGACUCUUGUACAAACAGAGUGUUUAUCUAAGAAGGUAGCCCGAAACCUUCAAUUGGUCUGUUCAUUCCUUUUAUUAUGUAUGCUAAUGCAGGUUUCUUUUCAUCUACUCCUACCUUUUGGUGUCAGGGGUAUUUUAAGCAAUUGGAAAUUAAACGUAGGCGAUUUCAGUACUCACUGUAACUCCUCCUACUACUAUCCUAUGCUUCUGUUUUAUUAUUUUUACUUGCGUCUUUGUGUCCUUUACUAACUCUUCUGAUCCCAGUGCCUCUGGCCUGGUAAGUGGUAUUUUUCUCGAAGCUCGUCUCUGACAGAAGUUUGGGAACUUUGUAAUAUAUGUCAUUUCUUUUUAUAAAAUUUGCUUAUUUUUAUGGUUUUAUUUAAUUUUUUUAUUUUAUGUGCAUUGGUGUGAAGGUGUCAGAUCCCCUGGAACUGAAGUUACAGACAGUUGUGAGCUGCCAUGUGGUUGCUGGGAAUUGAACCCGGGUCCUCUGGAAGAGCAGUCAGUGCUCUUAACCUCUGAACCAUCUCUCCAGCCCUAUAUUGUCAUUUUUUUUUAUAUGUUUUCUUAGUUUGGGUUUCUGUUGCUGUGAAGAGACACCGUGACCAUGGCAACUCUUUUUUGUUGUUGUUUUGUUCUU